ACUCACAUUUGGAAGCUUGCGUCGCGACGGACAGGUUGAUCAACUUCCGAGAAGAUGGGGUUCACUAAAAACUACCUCGUAAGCCUAUUCCUCUACAUCUCCAUCGUCAACGAGAUUUGUCAACCUGCAGUGACGUGUCAAUACGAAGAAGGCAGCCAAUGCAUACCAAAGAAGACUUUUAUGGUGUUGUUGCGCCUACCGGAGGUCAGUUCGAAUCUAGCAGCCUAUUCGAGAACGGCAAGGAUCAUUCCGGAAACGAAAAAUCAUAACGACAUGGCUCAUUUGAAAGCUCUCAGUUCAGAAGAAAACGAGGACACUGAGAUCUGCAUACCCGUUAAUGUUUACUGGGAGCUCUUUAGGAACCCGGCAUUGCGAGGUCAUCUCAGUGUCAUGGCGCGUACUCACAAGUUGCCCGAAUUUCCCGGACGUCUUCUGGACGAAGAAGUCGAUUCGACGGACUUAAUUCCCGAAUCAGAAAAACGCAGUCUCGCUACUUUGGCCAAGAACGACGACCUGCCGAUCAGUAUACAAGAACGCGAUGACGACGUUGAUGACGAAGAAAAGAGGAGCGCACCUUCUAGUGAUAACGUGGAGGGCUUGAUGCGUGAGUUGCUGGACGAGGAGUACCGUCGACGAGUGCCCGAGAUCUACGAUUACCUGUCCGAGCUGGAUCCAGAAGUGGCCGAGUACCCGCCAGACAAACGUAACGUCGGUUCCCUGGCGCGGGAUUUCGCGUUGCCUACGGGCAGACGUCACAUCGCCUCGGUGGCUCGCGAUCACGGUCUACCGAGGUACGGUAAGAGGAACAUUGGAUCCCUAGCUAGACAGAGCAUGCUGCCGCUGAGCGGCAAGAGAAACGUCGCCUCGCUGGCGAGAUAUGACAUGCUGCCGCAGAACGGCAAGAGAAACGUGGCCGCACUAGCCAGGGACUCCUCUCUGCCUUACGGCAAACGCUAUCUGGGCUCCCUGGCGCGAAACGGCGGCCAUCAGACGGUCCGCGAAUACGACGACGGCAAGCGCAGCGUCGCUUCCUUGGCGAGGAACGCCGACUGGCCGGGUAUCGUGAAACGAGGUCGCAUGACGUCGGGAAGGAUAAUCGCGCGAGUGCUCAAUCGUCACGGGAGAUCGUUGAACGACGAUCGCGAGACGCACAGCGAGCCCCUGGACCUUCAGCAACUCAUCAGGCAAGGAUAUAACGAAGACAAAGGAAGCGAAUGGCAGACAACUCCCUUCAGUGUCUCGGAGGACCUGGACGAAGGCAAAAUGAAGAAUAGGUCGAACAGGAAGAUGGACACUGCGUCGCAGACGAGGCACAAGAGACAGAUCGACUUCUCCGAUGAAUAUCCGCUGCCCGUCAUGCAGAACAAUAUGCUCGAAUACGAGGAUAUGAUGGAAGCAUUCGCUGAUCACUACCCAAACACGGAGAAGAGGUUCAUGGGUUCCGCGUCGGAGAUGCCGGCCGACUCGGGCUAUCCUGAGGUAUUGCAACCGAGUAAGAGACAUAUCGGGGCCCUCGCACGCCUCGGCUGGCUCCCGUCGUUCCGUGCGCCACGAUUCUCUCGAUCGCCGCGAUAUCUGGUCGAAAGGGAGAAUCCCGCAGAUGGGUCCUCGUCCAACUACACCCCCGACGCGUCGACUCGGUCGCUAAGGCUGACAUCCACCCCGAAAACUCGCUACUUGCAGUCCCUGCACGGAGAUUGUCGACACGGCUUCAAGAGGUUUUUGCUGUUACCGGACAUGGAUAACUUCUUACGGACGUCGAAUUCCCGCAUCGCGCCCCGCUCCAUGUGGCUGGUAUAUACGACAAAGAAUUAUGAAACCAUAACAUCGCUCUUCAUUUCGCUUCAGGUGACGUGUCAAUACGAAGAAGGCAGCCAAUGCAUACCAAAGAAGACUUUUAUGGUGUUGUUGCGCCUACCGGAGGUCAGUUCGAAUCUAGCAGCCUAUUCGAGAACGGCAAGGAUCAUUCCGGAAACGAAAAAUCAUAACGACAUGGCUCAUUUGAAAGCUCUCAGUUCAGAAGAAAACGAGGACACUGAGAUCUGCAUACCCGUUAAUGUUUACUGGGAGCUCUUUAGGAACCCGGCAUUGCGAGGUCAUCUCAGUGUCAUGGCGCGUACUCACAAGUUGCCCGAAUUUCCCGGACGUCUUCUGGACGAAGAAGUCGAUUCGACGGACUUAAUUCCCGAAUCAGAAAAACGCAGUCUCGCUACUUUGGCCAAGAACGACGACCUGCCGAUCAGUAUACAAGAACGCGAUGACGACGUUGAUGACGAAGAAAAGAGGAGCGCACCUUCUAGUGAUAACGUGGAGGGCUUGAUGCGUGAGUUGCUGGACGAGGAGUACCGUCGACGAGUGCCCGAGAUCUACGAUUACCUGUCCGAGCUGGAUCCAGAAGUGGCCGAGUACCCGCCAGACAAACGUAACGUCGGUUCCCUGGCGCGGGAUUUCGCGUUGCCUACGGGCAGACGUCACAUCGCCUCGGUGGCUCGCGAUCACGGUCUACCGAGGUACGGUAAGAGGAACAUUGGAUCCCUAGCUAGACAGAGCAUGCUGCCGCUGAGCGGCAAGAGAAACGUCGCCUCGCUGGCGAGAUAUGACAUGCUGCCGCAGAACGGCAAGAGAAACGUGGCCGCACUAGCCAGGGACUCCUCUCUGCCUUACGGCAAACGCUAUCUGGGCUCCCUGGCGCGAAACGGCGGCCAUCAGACGGUCCGCGAAUACGACGACGGCAAGCGCAGCGUCGCUUCCUUGGCGAGGAACGCCGACUGGCCGGGUAUCGUGAAACGAGGUCGCAUGACGUCGGGAAGGAUAAUCGCGCGAGUGCUCAAUCGUCACGGGAGAUCGUUGAACGACGAUCGCGAGACGCACAGCGAGCCCCUGGACCUUCAGCAACUCAUCAGGCAAGGAUAUAACGAAGACAAAGGAAGCGAAUGGCAGACAACUCCCUUCAGUGUCUCGGAGGACCUGGACGAAGGCAAAAUGAAGAAUAGGUCGAACAGGAAGAUGGACACUGCGUCGCAGACGAGGCACAAGAGACAGAUCGACUUCUCCGAUGAAUAUCCGCUGCCCGUCAUGCAGAACAAUAUGCUCGAAUACGAGGAUAUGAUGGAAGCAUUCGCUGAUCACUACCCAAACACGGAGAAGAGGUUCAUGGGUUCCGCGUCGGAGAUGCCGGCCGACUCGGGCUAUCCUGAGGUAUUGCAACCGAGUAAGAGACAUAUCGGGGCCCUCGCACGCCUCGGCUGGCUCCCGUCGUUCCGUGCGCCACGAUUCUCUCGAUCGCCGCGAUAUCUGGUCGAAAGGGAGAAUCCCGCAGAUGGGUCCUCGUCCAACUACACCCCCGACGCGUCGACUCGGUCGCUAAGGCUGACAUCCACCCCGAAAACUCGCUACUUGCAGUCCCUGCACGGAGAUUGUCGACACGGCUUCAAGAGGUUUUUGCUGUUACCGGACAUGGAUAACUUCUUACGGACGUCGAAUUCCCGCAUCGCGCCCCGCUCCAUGUAA